AUGCCAAUCAGCCUCCAAUCUGUCAACGACAACUUCGUCUACGAAGUCAAGGUGCCCGGCCUCUUACCCGACGAGCGCGACCAGGAGCGCAUGAUGGACCGCUUUGACCUGGGCGAGGACAAUGCGGUCAUCAGUCGCGUGUGCUGGAACGACAUUGAGCGCCUGGAGGUUGUCAUCAACUUUUCGACUCGUGACUCCCUCAACCUCAAGCAGAAGGUUGACAUUGAGAACGAUGUGCGCAAGGCCAUCCUCAACCACGGCGUCCCCGUUGCAGUGACGCACGUCAUGGUCACAGAGGAUAACGUCGAGAACACUCCUGUGGCUUAUGUCCACACCUCUGUCAGCACGUCGGAGGAGCUCACCGUCCACUACCAGGACGGUGACCACACCCAGGCGAGAGCCAUGGCCCACCACGCGGCUGUCUCCAACGCCCGCGCCCAAGGCUUUGUGUGGCAGUACGCGGAUACGGUCGACGGCUUUGCUCGUGCCAUCGACGACCGCUACAACGCUCAGCUGCGCGUUGACUACCAGCCAUCCACAGAACAGAUGGAUGUCAUCAUGGCCAACCUCAGCGACCACUUUAGGGGUCGCGUGUGGUAUCUCUACGAGCCUGUCGCUCGUGCUCUCCUCUUCAUCAUCGACCCCGUCGCCCCCCUUGACGUGGACUGGGAGACUAAGUUCUACGCCGCCACCAGCGGCAUAUUCCAGAAGAGUGACAAGACCGCCGACACCGCCAAGGACCCCGCUGCCGCCGCCCCUGCGAACGCCCCUGCGAACGCCCCUGCGAACGCCUCGAUCGACGCCAGCCUCGAGGCCAGCAGCUCGAUGACGUUUGACGACGGCGAUCAUGUCGUCAUUCCUCGUGUGAACGCCGUCAACGCCGACGGCACCCUCGUCGCCGCUGCCACCGAGGCUGAGGCCACCGAGGCUGAGGCUACUGCGGCCACCGAGUUCGAGGAUUCCGCGCUCGUCACCAGCACCCUCCUCACCCCCAGCGCGGCCUCGACGUCGGCGCUCACCACGCCCAGCGAGGGCGCGGUCACCAUCACCACCCUCGUAACCGCGGACGGCGACCCCACCGCAGCCCUUCUCAUCGAGCUCGCCAAGCUUGACCACCGCGAGUUUGUCAAGUCGGCCCGCAAGCCCAAGCCCGACGUCGAGGUCAAGGACGGCGUCGUCUACUUCGGCGGAGUCGACUACUCUAAGAACCUUUACCGUGAGAAGGCCACCGAGACGGACAUCUACCAGAUGACUGCCGACGACGUCGAGUUCUACGACGACGGCGAGGACGAGAUCAGCGGCGAGGAUGAGGAGGGCGGCGGUGACGACGAGGAGGAAAACGAGGAGCGCGCCUCGGAGGCAAUCACCAAGACCACGGACACCGUCACGGCGCCCCCUGCCAGCGCUGCUGCGGCGCUCUCGGAGGAGGCCGAGGCCAAGAUCACCGCUACCGAGACGGCUGCGACUGUUGUUGCGACCAAGGAGCCUGUCACUGUCGGUGACAACGGUGACGAGAUCGCGGACGACGCCAAGGAGAGCAAGAAGGCUGGAAAGCGCCGCGCCACCGACGACGCCCCCGUCGACAACGACGGAAACGCGACCGCUGUCAACGUUGGCGAGAACACGCACCGCAACGCUGGUGAUGCCAGCAUCAUCGUUGACAAUCCUGUUGUCCAGGACAUCGACGAGGGCUGGGCUCUCGUUGACCGCGAGUCCGGCGAGGCCUAA